AUGGCUAAACCCAAAGGCUCCAAGUUUAAAAAACAAGACGGAAAGAGAAAGAAGGGAGAGAAAAGACCUCAUCCGCGAGGUGGUGGCUUUGGAUUCGACAAAACAAAGCCAUUGAAAGAAUUGCUUGGUGAACCCUUAGCAACAAAGCGAUCGCCCGUUAGAUCUACCAGAAUGAAUUACGAUGCAGAAGAAGAAGUGCAUGUUGUUUCUAGCGGAUCCAUACUUGAUGAGAAACGACACUUGGCGACUUUCAAUCAACUUUCGACAGUCUCUGUCACUAGCAUUACUGCGGCGCCUGUUGAUGUCCUUGAACAAGAGGAAACUCUUGACUUCUUUUUUGAUUCCACGCCUGCAGAAACUGCUAUUGAGCCUGGAAUUUCUUUACCUGUAUUGGAAGAUAAACCAACUCUGUCCAACUACGAGCGAAAGAAACAAAAAAUUAUCCAGGACGAUUCCAUUUAUCUCGAUAGUGACGACGAUGACAUGUUUUUGAACGACGAUGUAUCAUCUAUUAGCAGUAGUGAGGAUGUUGAAAUGUUGCAGGCACUUAGUCAUUGGGGUAAAAAAGAUAUCCUACAGUUUAGUGAACCAACACGGGGACAUAAAAUGACUUCAGAUGAUGAAGAUUAUGCUAUAUUAGAAGGUGCUACAAUGGGUGAUAUAUGUGAAUCAGACGAAGACUUUUCUCUCGACGAUGAUGAAGAAGAUAACAUAUUACAUGAGCCCGGGAUGGAUUUUGAUCUCUUGGAAAAUGUACCAGAAAGUCUGAAGAACAGUUACAGAGGAAUCAUGCAGCAGGAGAAAAGCCGAUUAAAGAAGCAGGCGAAAGCCCAACGUAACUUUAAUUCACGAAAGAAGGAGAAAAAAGAGUUACCUAAGCAGAAUAAGGACAAUAUGCUGGAUCAGAUAUUGCACGAGUUUAUAAGAAGAGACCACAUCCAGACCUAUAAGCUUUCGAACCUCACGUACCAUGGCCGUAGCAUGGUUGUACCAAAAAUAGCAAAAUUAUUCCAAUUGGAAUUAUCACACUCGGAUUCCAAAAAAAAGAAUAUUGUACUUCGAAAGACAUCAAAAACCUGUAUACCACUAUCCUAUAAAGAGCAUUUGAAAAAGACGAGCAAACAUGUAAUGAAAACUAAGCCCAUUCCAUCCACAAGGAAACGUGAUGGAAACGAUUCUAGAGCAAUGCGAGAUAAUCAGAAUCACGGAAAAUUGGUUGCUUCCGACUCUGUGCCAAUUUCAUCCAGCAACAUUGGUCAUCGUAUGCUAGCCGCAAUGGGUUGGAAGCAAGGAAACGCCAUUGGUAAUAAUGGCGAUGGUAUUACUGAACCUGUUAAAGUAUUCAUGAGAGCAAAUAGAAGAGGUUUGGGAGCAUAA